AUGCUGAUAGGUUCUCAAGCUUCGCCGGUUGCGAACGGUUCCCCCGUCGCGUCUCCGGUCGCGUCCCGGGACUCGCCCACCCCCAGCAACAGCAUGGAUUCGCCUUUCGUCGAGCGCAGCAACCCAAUGGGCUCCGGCAAUGCCCAGACCGUCACCUCCCGCGACCCCAAGGCUGUGGCCCAGGCUGCCACCGACAUGAAGAACGUUGUUCGCCGCAAGCUUACUGGCUACGUCGGUUUUGCCAACCUGCCCAACCAGUGGCACCGCAAGAGUGUUCGCAAGGGCUUCAACUUCAAUGUGAUGGUUGUUGUCCACCCUCGUGAACACCCUGUUCAACACCUCCCUCUACCCCCUAAGGAGCGCACUGGCCCCAACGCCGAUAUCAUCCCCAAGACCGUGUCGAUCCAGUCGACCAGCGCCGACAUUGAGGAGAACGGUGUCCGCCUCCGCCUGAGCGUGAUCGAUACCCCCGGAUUCGGUGACUUUGUCAACAACGAUGACUCGUGGCGCCCAAUUGUCGAGAACAUCGAGCAGCGCUACGAUACCUACCUCGAGGCUGAGAACAAGGUCAACCGCAGCAACAUUGUCGACAACCGCAUCCACGCCUGUGUCUACUUCAUUCAGCCUACGGGCCACUCCCUGAAGCCCCUGGACAUUGAGGUUAUGCGCCGUCUCCACACCAAGGUUAACCUGAUUCCCGUCAUUGCCAAGGCUGAUACCUUGACCGACGAGGAGGUUGCCGCUUUCAAGCAGCGUAUUCUUGCCGAUAUCGAACAACACUCCAUCCAGAUUUUCGAGGGUCCCCGCUACGAGCUCGACGAUGAGGAGACCAUUGCCGAGAACCAGGAGAUCAUGUCCAAGGUUCCCUUCGCCGUCGUCGGUGCCAACUCUGAGGUUACUACUGCUGACGGUCGCCGCGUCCGUGGCCGUAGCUACCCCUGGGGUAUCAUCGAAGUCGACAAUGAGGAGCACUGCGACUUUGUCAAGCUGCGCCAGAUGCUGAUCCGCACCCACAUGGAGGAGCUCAAGGAGCACACCAACAACUUCCUGUACGAGAACUACCGUUCCGACAAGCUCACCCAGAUGGGUGUUGCUCAGGACCCUAGCGUUUUCAAGGAGGUCAACCCUGCCGUGAAGCAGGAGGAGGAGCGCGCCCUCCACGAGCAGAAGCUGGCCAAGAUGGAAGCCGAAAUGAAGAUGGUCUUCCAGCAGAAGGUCGCCGAAAAAGAGAGCAAGCUCAAACAGAGCGAAGACGAACUCUACGCCCGACAUCGCGAGAUGAAGGAUCAGUUAGAUCGCCAGCGCGGAGAACUCGAGGAGAAAAAGAAUCGCCUCGAAAGCGGACGCCCCAUCGAAGAGAAGGGAGGCAAACGCAAGGGCUUCUCUCUUCGCUAAUGUCCAUGCCUAUUACUCCCACGCUGCCUGUGUCUUUGUAUCUGUCUGGCCUAUAUUCCACGCACACAGAGACCCCCACUCAUUCCCUUUUAUUUUUCCUUACUUGUCCAUCACACUCCCUUAUCCACUAACGCAACUGCUUUCUCACUGGAUGGGCCCACGCACCGAAAAGAAUGGUUUUUUUCUGAUUGAUUGAUAAUUCGACCCUGCGAGGGUCGGCCUGGGACCUUUUCACUUCUUGUGAUGUACUUUUUGCUACGCCAUAUCUUGUCUUGCCGCUUUUCCGUGUGCCCUAUUACCCGCUCAUUUCGUUACUUUUCCUUACCUUUUGGGACAUUUGGUUGUUCGCCGCUUGUCCGUGUGUUAGUCAAUUCAGCGCUUCAGCUUAAUCUUUGAA